CUACGGAGUAUAUCUUAGUCGGAUGAAUAAAUAAGCAGGUAGAAAUAUAAAUACGGGUUAUCUCAAGACCCCCUAGCUAGCUCAGAGAACCACUGCAAGCUUUCAAGUUUCAACCCAUAACAACAAAUAUGCCACCCCGCAAACCUCCUUCUUCUCCAUUAUCAUUUCCGCCACUCUAUGAAAUAAGGCAUAGAAACAAUAGAAUAUCAAGAGCUGUAGAAGUCAUCAUUCUUUGCCUCCUCUUUUUGCUCAUUACCUACAGACUCAUUUCCCUCUACAGCCACCGCGGCGGCGGCGGCUUCUUAUUAUUCCCUUGGUUUCUGGCUCUCGUCUGCGAGUCUUGGUUCACUUUCCUCUGGAUUCUCACUGUCAACUCUAAAUGGAAUCAAAUUGAUACCCAUACCUACCCUCAACGCCUCCUGCAACGGGUGAAAGAUGGGACGGUUGAGCUUCCGGCGGUGGACAUGUUCGUGACCACGGCGGAUUCCGAUUUGGAACCGCCGAUCCUAACGGUAAACACGGUGCUGUCUCUGUUGGCGGUGGACUAUCCGGCGAGCAAGUUGGCCUGUUAUGUGUCCGACGACGGCGCGUCCCCUCUCACCUUUUACUCUCUACUCCAAGCAGCCAAAUUCGCCAGGCUGUGGGUCCCCUUUUGCAAGAAGUUUAACGUCGCCGUUAGAGCUCCGUUUCAAUACUUCAAUAAUGGCCCAGAAUGCAGCUCCUUAGAAUUCCAACAUGAGUGGAAGGAAAUAAAGGGCGAAUAUUCUCAAUUGUGUGCAAAGAUCGAAGAUGCAAGCAAAAAACCAAUGAUCUUUGAUCUUACUGGCGAGUUUUCAGAAUUCACAAAGAUUGAGAAGAGAAAUCAUUCUACCAUUAUAAAGGUAAUAUGGGAAAACAAUGAAUCUCUCACUCAUGGGGAUGAAGUUCCAAAUAUAAUAUACAUCUCUCGGGAGAAGCGUCUUAAGCAUCCACAUCAUUAUAAAGCUGGAGCCAUGAAUGUUUUGACAAGAGUUUCAGGAGUGAUGACGAAUGCACCAUUUAUGGUAAAUGUGGACUGCGACUGCUACGUAAAUGAUCCAAAAGUGGUGAUGCGUGCAAUGUGCAUACUUUUGGGAGCUGAGGAUGAAAAAGACGCUGGAUUUGUCCAAUUUCCUCAAAGCUUUUAUGGUGCAUUGGAAGAUGACCCUUAUGGAAAUCAAUUUAAAGUCUUGAUGAAAUAUAUGGUGUCAGGGUUUGCUGGGAUUCAAGGCCCAUUUUACCAGGGAACAGGAUGUUUUCAUAGACGAAAGGUUAUAUACGGCUCAUCCCCAAAUAAAAAAGAAGGAGAGAGUGACAAAGACAUAAUGUUGGAAAGAUAUGGUAAAUCGAAGGACGCAUUCGUUUGGUCAGUUGUUAAUAUCUUAUCAUCACAAUCAAAUAAUCCUUGUGAGACUUCCCCGCCGAUAUGUAUGAAUUCCCUCGAAGCUGCUUACCAAGUUGCACAUUCUGGGUAUGAAUUUGGCACCAGUUGGGGUUAUCAAGUUGGGUGGAUAUAUGGAUCUACAACAGAAGACAUGCUCACCGGAUUAACUAUCCAUAGAAAGGGGUGGAGAUCGGCCUUAUGUGACCACAAACCUUUUAGUUUUCUUGGCUGUGCACCAACGGGUGGCCCGGCGGCGUUGACCCAACAAAAGCGAUGGGCCACUGGGCUCAUGGAAAUACUCAUCAGCAACAACAACCCAAUCGUCGGUACCUCUCUUGGCAGGCUCAAGUUCAGGCAAUGCCUUUGUUAUCUAUGGUUCAUGGCGUGGCCCAUGCGGCCCAUAUUCGAAUUGUCCUACUCUCUCCUCCCCGCUUACUGCAUCUUCACCAAUUCUCACUUCCAACCAAAGGUAAAUGAAGGUGUCGUCGCCAUUGCAAUACCUUCUUCCAUCUUCAUCAUCUACAACUUGUACACUUUGUUUGAGUACGUUAACGCCGGAGAGUCGAUUCGUGCUUGGUGGAACAACCAAAGGAUGCAAAAGGUUACCUCUUCCGCGUCGUGGUUCCUGGGAUUCUUGAGUGGGGUUUUCAAGGUUGUUGGGUUCUCCGACACGGUGUUUGAAGUGACCAAGAAAGAGCAUUAUAGUGAUGGUGCUGCAAAUACGGAGCAGCCUGAUGACGGAACGUUCACUUUCGACGAUUCACCCUUGUUUAUUCUUGGUACGACCAUUCUGUUGGUGAACAUCGCAGCUUUGUUCAUUGGGUUUGUGGAUUAUGUUAGAAAAGAGAAGGUGGGUUGGAGUUUGGGGGAGGUAAUUUGCAGUGUGUGGGUGAUAUUGAUGUAUUGGGCAUUUCUGAAGGGCUUGUUUCGAAGAGGGAAAUAUGGGAUUCCAUGGUCCAUUAUUCUCAAGUCCGGAGGGUUGGCAUUCCUAUUUCUCCAUGCUAGCAAAUUUGUUCACUGAGUUAUGUGGCUAUAUAUUUUUAUUGAAUAAUUACUUUAUGAGAAUAAUUAGUGCAGAUUCAUUCCUAUGAUUGUAUAAUUGUAAUGCAUGUCUUGCCCAAGUGGCCAAGUGUGUUAGAGUAUUGAAUUGAUUAUGGUGGGACUUUUGUGGUUUUCGAUUGUCAAUGAAUGUAAACUUCUACU